CUAAAAAGGUCUGUACCAGUUCGCAAGUGGCGACACGCAGCCAUGCCGAAUGUCGCCAUGGCCGGCAACAAGUUUUCGUCGUAUCACCUCGCCGCCGCACUCCGCCGGGAGCAUGACCCCGCCGCUGCACUCCGACUCUUCCUCAGUCCGCCAAACGCCGCCUCCACCCCGUUCCGCUACUCCCUUCUCUGCUACGACCUCAUCAUCUCCAAGCUCGCCGCCGCGCGCCUCUUUCCGGCCAUGGAGUCCCUCCUCUCCAGCCUCCGCGCCUCCUCUCUCCAGCCGCGCGAACCCCUACUCUGCUGCGUCAUAUCAGCUUACGGCCGCGCUCGCCUCCCCGCCGCCGCUCGCCGCGCCUUUGCCCACCCCGCCUUCCCCGCUCCCCGCACCGCCCGCGCCUUCAACACUCUCCUACACGCACUCGCCGUCUGCCACACGCCCCUCCCCGAACUCCUUUCUGUUUGCCGCGACGCCGCCUUCUUCCCGGACGCGUGCACCUACAACAUCCUCAUGCGCGCGGUGGCUGCCACUGAUGGCUCUGUCGACCAUGCACGCCUCCUGUUUGACGAAAUGCUACAACGACGGAUCACCCCGACUCUUAUCACGUUUGGCACCCUCAUUGCCGCGUUUUGCAAUUGCAAUCGGCUCGAGGAGGCAUUUGACCUGAAGGAGGCGAUGGUUAAGCAGUACAAUGUGAGGCCAAAUGCUCAUGUGUAUGCCAGUCUGAUGAAGGGUCUCUGCCAGCGGGGGGAUGUGGACAAGGCGGUGAGGCUCAAAGAGGAGAUGGCGUUGAGGAUAGAGCUCGGACUGGAUUCGGCCAUUUACGCGACCCUCGUAAGGGCAUUGUUCCGGGUAGGGCGGAAAGGGGAGGUGGUUAGUUUGCUGGAAGAGAUGAAGGGAAGGGGUAUUCCGGCUAAUAGAGUGGUGCACAAUGCAAUGAUCGCAGGUUUCUGUGAGGAUGAGAGGGAUUUGGAUGCUGCAUCUGCAGCGCUUGAUGACAUGCUGAAGAGUGGGUGCAAGGCAGAUGCGGUGAGUUACAAUACCUUGGUUGCUGGGUUGUGCAAGUUGGGGCGGUGGCGGGAUGCAAAUGAGUUGGUUGAGGAUAUGCCAAGAAGGGGCUGCCCUCCUGAUGUGGUGACCUACAGAAUGCUAUUCGAUGGGAUGUGUGCUGCUGGGGAGUUUCAUGAGGCAGAUCAGGUUUUGGAUGAGAUGGUCUUUAAGGGGUUUUCACCAAGCAAGGAAGGUGCGAGGAAGUUCGUUCAGGGAAUUGAGCGGGAAGGGGAUGUUGUCUUGCUGGAGUCGGUGGUGUGCCGUCUCGCUAAGUUGAACGCUUUGGAGUCAAGUGGAUGGGAGAAAGCUCUCAGCAGUGUGCUGAGGGAUCCUGCAGAGCUGAUGAUAAAUAAGCCUCUAGAUUGUUUAAGAUCACCUAAGUAGAUCUCUGGAUACUUGAUUGGCCCUGUUGUUGUUUAAUAACAAUUAUUAUGAUAUUUUAUCUACUAAAAUCCCCCCAUGUCUCAAUAUGCUAGCCAAGGCUGCCUAUCAGGCUUUCCUACCAAAUUCAGGUUAGUUCCUACCUGAAAGUUAACUUAAUAUUAUUGAUGACCAUGAAGAACAUCAAGACAGCUGGGCAGGGCCAAAUACAAGUAAAAUAUUGAGGCGGGGUUCAUUGAUAAUAGAUGCAGUUCGGAUGCAGGAUGGAUUUAGCACACCAGCGGGAGUAUAUUGGUAAUAAAAACCGUUCAUGCAAGCAUAUAAAAACCCUAUUGAAGGUGCAGUUCAUUAAGAUUAUUGGGCAUCGGACUAUGGACUACCUUGCUUCAGAAUGUCCAGAACGACAGAAGACAUCAAAACAUUUGUACUUCUGAUUUCUUGGUUAAGAUGGCUGGAAAAAUAGUUGAAUAUUCAGGCAAGAGGAGCACUCCUUCACCCUAAUCACCUACUACCAGGACUGCUUGGAAGGAGGCUGCAAGUUAAUGCCUAUUUUAAUACUUUUCAUUCCUACUUCCUCCAUUUCAUAUUAGUUGUCGCUGAUUUAUUUAAUACAAAGUUGUACUGAAUCAGCGACAACUAAUAUGGAACAGAUGAAGUAUCUAUUAAUCCUUAAACGACCUCAAAAAACUUCUUUUUUUCAUAGAACAAAGCACUUUCUUUGCAUAUCGGUGUGUUUGAGGAAGAUCGCAACAGAAGAACAAUACUCAAUACUCCGUAUGUUGCAGGCAUGAGAAUAUCCAGAAUGGUGUCAAAUUGCGAUCUA